AAGAGUUGAUUUGUGCCAUUCAACUGUAUCACUUGCAACAAAAGGUUGAGUGUCGAACACCCAAAUCCUGCACUUCUAGGUUAAAAUCUGUUUGUCGGUAUGAAGGGUGUUCUUACAAGUUAUGUGCAAGGGCAAACCGAGAUGUAUGGAGAAUCACUACUUUAAAACUCGAGCAUACAUGCGAAGGGAGUUUGACGCACAAUCGACACCGUUCGGCUAAUUCCAAGGUUCUCGCUCAUAUUUACGCAUCAACUAUUCAGAAAAAUCCCCAGACG